GCUUUUGGUCAAGAGGAAGAGGGGGGAAUAAAUAGAUUUAAUUAAGAUAUUAUUCUACUACCAUAAGGAAAAGAAGGCUCUUUUCUCUUAAAGCUUAAUUUGUUAGGGAGAAGAGAGAGAGAGAGAGAGAGAGAGAGAGAGAGAGAGAUACCCUCUCAUGGGAAGCAACAGAAAUUGGUUUUGCCAUUAAUAGGUUGCUUUUGAGUUCUUGUGAAGGAGCUGAGAGAGGAAGUGCUUUUGGAGGAAGCACUUAUUAUUGCAUGGGGGAUAGAAGAGGGAAGUCAAAGCAGGGACAAGUGCAACAACAACAACAACAACAACAACAACAACAAGAACACCAAACACUCUUGGGGAUGAUCCAUCCCUCUUCUUCCAAUAAUAUUCAUGGCAACAUCAUGAGAAAGGAUUCAGGGGGUUACGAUUUCGCAGAGCUGGAUCAGGCCCUCUUUCUAUAUCUAGAUGGACAGGAACAAUCAGGAUCUCAAGAACAUCGGCAGACUUUGAAUAUAUUCCCUUCCCAGCCCAUGCACGUAGAACCAUCUAACUCAAAGGGUCCUAUCUCUUUGAUCCCAAACACUAGUAGUACUUCAAAGGGACCUUCAAACCAAUCCAUGGAACCAGGAAAACCUAGAACUGAGACAGGAAAAGGAACUAAGCCAACAGUGAAGAGAGAAGGAAACAAUGGGAAAGCCACAGUUUCUAAUUCAGACCAAGAAGGCCCCAAGACACCAGAUCCCAAGACAUUGAGAAGGUUAGCUCAGAAUAGAGAAGCAGCAAGAAAAAGUAGGCUUAGGAAAAAGGCCUACAUUCAACAACUAGAGUCAAGUAGGAUCAGACUAAGCCAGAUAGAACAAGAGCUUCAGAGAUCAAGAGCUCAGGGUGUUCUCUUUGGUGGUGGCGCCAGUGGAGGGCUCCUCGGCGAACAAGGACUCCCCACCAGCAUGGGGGGCCUCAGCUCAGAUGCCGCAAUGUUCGACCUCGAGUACGGACGAUGGCUUGAGGAGCACCACAAGAUAAUGUGUCAGCUCAGGGCGGCGCUAGAGGAGCACCUACCAGAGAACCAGCUGCGGAUGUUCGUCGAGAGCACGCUCUCGCACUACGAAGUGCUGAUGAACCUCAAGAGUAUCGUGGCCAAGUCCGACGUCUUCCACCUCUUCUCCGGCAUGUGGAAGACCCCCACGGAGCGGUGCUUCCUUUGGAUCGGCGAUUUCCGCCCCUCGGAGCUCAUCAAGAUUGUUCUAAGACACAUCGAACCGCUCAGCGAACAACAAUUCCUGGGGAUCUGCGGGCUUCAACAAUCGAUGCAGGAAUCCGAGGAAGCUCUCAACCAAGGCCUCGAAGCUCUCCACCACUCGCUUUCCGAAACCAUCAACUCCGACGUGUUGAGCAGCCCGUCGAACAUGGCCAACUACAUGGGGCAUAUGUCGGUCGCGAUCAACAAGCUCACCGCUCUCGAAGGCUUCGUUAGACAAGCAGAUAACCUUAGGCAACAGACCCUCCACAGGCUUCAGCAAAUCCUGACCACUCAACAAUCCGCGCGAUGCUUCUUGGAGAUCGCCGAGUACUUCCACCGACUCCGCGCCCUCAGCUCGCUCUGGAUCGCCCGCCCGCGGCAGGACGGACCGUUUGGUUAGAAACCCUAGCUAGAAAAACAUGCAUGCAUGCAGAAGUGAAGGGUGCAUGUCAUGAGUCAUGACAACAUAGAUCAGUAUGUUCUUCAAUGUGAGAAUGCAAAAGGGUUGGUCAUUUAGAAAAA